CAGCUCGCGAUGGCUCAUGCCUUGGGCAUCCUCCUCCUCCUCCUCCUCCUGGUCUCCUCGUCCGCCAGCUCUGCCUUCGCCGACUCAGUGCUCGGACGGAAGGCCGGCGUCAUUCUCGAGGAGCCCAAGCUGGUGGCGACGCCAGGGAAGUACGCCGUGAUCUUUGACGCUGGUAGCACGGGCACGCGUGUCCAUGUCUUUCAGUUUGACAAGAAGAUGGACCUCGUCGAGAUCGGCGACGACAUCGAGCUCUAUGCCAAGGUGGAACCGGGACUGAGUUCAUAUGCCGGACGGCCACAAGAAGCGGCCAAGUCUAUCAUACCUCUGCUUGACAAGGCCAAGAGCACUGUGCCUCGGUGGCUCAUGGGAAAAACACCCGUUAAACUAGGGGCCACGGCCGGACUCAGGCUUAUCGGGGAUGACAAGGCAGAGCAAAUUCUUGAAGCAGUCAGGGAUGUUAUCCACAGCAAGAGCAAAUUUCAGUACAAUCCUAGUUGGAUCAAUGUUAUCGAGGGAUCUCAGGAAGGAUCUUACAUAUGGGUUGCUCUAAAUUAUUUGUUGGGUAAACUGGGAGGAGACUACGUCAAGACAGUAGGUGUGAUUGACCUUGGAGGUGGGUCCGUGCAGAUGACAUAUGCCAUCUCUUCAGCUGCUGCUGCCGCCGCUCCCAUAGUGUCUGACGGGAAGGAACCAUACGUCACCAAAGAGUAUCUCAAAGGAAGAAACUACAAUGUCUAUGCUUACAGCUACUUGCACUACGGUGCACUGGCUUCUCGAGUAGAGAUUUUCAAGGCAAGUAAUGGACCAUUCAACUAUUGCAUGUUGCGCGGAUUCAACGGUAAAUACACCUACAAUGGAGAGCAAUACGACGCUAUAGCUCCACCACAAGGAGCAGCAUAUGUCAAGUGCAGAGAGGACGUCACCAAAGCACUAAAGUUGAAUGCACCCUGUGAAACAAACAACUGCACCUUCAACGGCGUGUGGAGUGGCGGCGGUGGAGCUGGCCUGGCCGACCUCUACAUCACCACCAGCUUCUACUACACGGCAUCACAGGUUGGCUUGAUCGACAGCGAGGCUAGCAGUGCAAAGACCACCCCUGCGGCGUGGAGGGACGCGGCAGAGAAGAUUUGCCCGCUGAGCUUCAAGGAAGCGAAGGAUGCAUACCCAAGGGUCCGAGCUAUUGACACGCCCUACAUUUGCAUGGAUCUUAUCUACCAGUACUCCUUGCUCGUGGAUGGAUUCGGUUUGGAGCCGACAAAAGAGAUCAUAGUGGCAGAGAAGGUGAAGUACGGUGAAUACUUCAUCGAAGCCGCAUGGCCUCUUGGAGAAGCCAUAGAGGUCGUAUCAUCCAUAAACCGGCUCCGUGAUGCAUGAUUUAAAUUGAUAUAUAGUCCCUCGCAGCAAGCUGCAUGUGUAGCUAUCCAUAGAUGUAGCACGGACGCAUAUGCAUGCUUGCCAUGUCCUUUUUCCCUCAGAAGUGCCAAAAACACCCUAUAGAUUUGGAUUGUGUACUAUUUGCAAUAAUAUUUUUAUAUUGUGUUUCUUGAGCUAUAGCACGGUAUGCUUGCAUGUUUUACGCAAUAUGUGUGCAAAUCAU